AUGCCUACUGAAAAACCUUCAUAUGAUGCCCUGAUCGUGGGUGCCGGUUUCUCUGGCAUCUUUCUCCUACAUCGUCUCAGGAAAAUUGGUCUGAAAUGCAAAAUAUACGAGGCUGGCACUGGUUUAGGAGGAACGUGGUAUUGGCACACUUAUCCAGGAAUCCGCGUCGACUCUGAAGUCCCCGUUUACGAAUACUCUGCCCCAGAACUAUGGUCCGGCUGGACGUGGACAGAGAAAUACCCCGGGGGAGAGGAAAUUCUAAGAUAUUUUGAUCAUGUCGAUCGAGUCUGGGACAUCAAAAGGGACGUUGAGUUCAGUACCAAAGUUGUUGGUGCCCAGUUUAACUUGCAAAAUAACAACUGGGACGUGGAAACUGAAGAUGGACGCACAACACACUGUAGGUUCUUUCUUCUGGCAACUGGAUUUUGUGCCAAACGGUAUAUUCCUGAUUUUAAAGGGCUGGACUCCUUCAGAGGCAAAAUGUGUCACUCUGCCUCCUGGCCUCGCGAGGGCAUAGAGGUCAAGGGGAAGCGAACGGCUGUAAUUGGGACUGGCGCCACGGGUGUCCAAUUAACCCAAUCACUGGCAAAGGAAUCUUCUAGCUUGACUGUGUUCCAGAGGACUCCUAACCUGGCGCUUCCAAUGCGCCAGGGCAAGCUAUCCCCUGAAGAACAGGAAGGCAAAAAGUCGAGCUAUGAAAAAUUCUUUAAAAACAGAGAAACCACCUUUUCUGGGAUGAGGUAUGACUUUAUGGCCAAAGUUGCUGCGGCUGAAUCCGAAGAAGAGCGUGAGGCUCAGUUUGAGACCCUAUGGAAUAAUGGUGGAUUUGAAUUCUGGCUAGGAACUUAUUCGGACAUCCUAUUUGACCCCGCGGCAAAUCGUCACGCAUAUGAUUUCUGGGCCAAAAAAACACGAGCGAGGAUAAAUGAUACCAAAAAGAAAGAUAUCGUUGCACCAUUGGAUCCACCGCAUGCAUUUGGGACGAAACGACCAUCACUGGAAGAGAACUACUAUGACUUAUUCGACCGGCCUAACGUUGAUGUCGUUGACAUCAGAAAGAAUCCUAUUACUGAAAUUAAACCAGACGGCAUUCUUCUCGGUGACGGCACUUUCUAUCCACUAGAUGUAAUUGUUCUCGCUACAGGCUUCGACGCAGUCAGUGGAAGUAUGACGAAUAUGGGCCUUCGUGAUAUUGACGGCAAGCCACUUGAAGAAGCCUGGAAAGAUGGAGUAAAGAGCUAUCUUGGCAUGUGUAUCCAGGGCUACCCAAAUAUGUUCUACAUGUAUGCCACACAUGGCCCAACCGCAUUUAGCAAUGGGCCAUCAUCAAUUGAGAUUCAGGGGCGCUGGAUUGUUGAAGUGAUCAGGAAGAUACUUGAAAACGGUUGGAAGAACAUACAGCCCACAAGCAAGGCACAGGAAGAAUGGAAGGACAAGGUCAAUGCAGCAUCAAACAUCACUCUUCUCCCACUGACUGAUUCAUGGUAUAUGGGUGCCAACAUCCCGGGCAAGAAGCGCGAACAACUCAAUUACGCUGGCGGCCUUAAGCAGUAUGAGGUAGAAAGCCAGAACGCUUUGAAUGCAUGGGAUGGGUUUGUGGUAGCUUAA